AUGGCGCCUCCCCGAUCCUACUCCAAGACGUACAGCGUCCCCCGUCGUCCUUUCGAGUCCGCUCGUCUGGAUACUGAGCUCAAGCUCGUCGGCGAGUAUGGUCUCCGCAACAAGCGCGAGGUCUGGCGUGUCCAGUUGACUCUGUCCAAGAUCCGUCGUGCCGCUCGUUCGCUUCUUACUCUUGACGAGAAGGACCCCAAGCGUCUCUUCGAGGGUAACGCUCUCAUCCGCCGUCUCGUGCGUGUCGGUGUCCUUGACGAGUCCCGCAUGAAGCUCGAUUACGUCUUGGCCCUCAAGAUUGAGGACUUCUUGGAGCGCCGUCUCCAGACCUGCGUCUACAAGCUCGGCCUCGCCAAGUCCAUCCACCACGCUCGUGUCCUGAUCCGCCAGCGCCACAUCCGUGUCGGCAAGCAGAUCGUCAACGUCCCCUCCUUCAUGGUCCGCCUCGACUCCCAGAAGCACAUCGACUUCGCUCUGACCUCGCCAUUCGGUGGCGGCCGCCCUGGCCGUGUCAGGAGGAAGAAGGCCAAGGCCGCCGAGAAGGGUGGUGACGAGGACGCCGGCGAGGAGGACGAGGAGUAG